CACUAAUUUUAUGCGGGUGCCUGUUCUGUAUUGUUGCUAGUGCCGCUUCAUUUACAGUUUUCACUUUGUCAACGUCGCGUUGCUGCCGCUGCUAUAGAAUCAAAAGUAUUAUAAACCGGUCGAUAAUGACAAACAGCUGGCUGUAGCCGACAUAUUACUACACUACAACAACAAACGACUCCGAGCAACAGCAACAAUUAAUAAAUAAAAGUCGAAAUGGGACAAAAAGUAUCGCGCAACGAUUUCGAAUGGGUUUAUACGGAAGAACCGCAUGCCUCGCGUCGCAAAAUCAUACUCGAGAAAUAUCCGCAGAUCAAGAAACUUUUUGGUCAUGAUCCCAAUUUCAAAUGGAUCGCCGGCGCCAUGGUGCUGACCCAAAUACUGGCUCUGUUCAUUGUCAAGGACUUGUCUUGGCCGUGGCUAUUGGUUUUGGCCUAUUGCUUUGGCGGCAUUCUGAAUCAUUCGCUCAUGUUGGCCGUGCAUGAAAUAUCCCAUAAUUUAGCCUUCGGUCACAGCCGUCCCAUGCACAACCGCAUUUUGGGCUUCAUUUGCAAUUUGCCUAUCGGACUGCCCAUGAGCAUUUCGUUUAAAAAAUAUCAUUUGGAGCAUCAUCGUUAUCAAGGCGAUGAGGUGAUCGACACGGAUAUACCGACACUGCUGGAGGCGCGACUAUUCGAUACGACAUUUGGAAAAUUUCUGUGGGUUUGCCUGCAGCCGUUCUUCUACAUAUUCCGUCCGUUGGUGGUUAAUCCGAAGCCACCGACACGCCUGGAGAUCAUCAAUACGAUCAUACAGUUGACAUUCAAUGCGGCUGUGGUUUACUUCAUUGGUUGGAAGUCGAUGGCGUAUCUACUGAUUGGCUCGAUAUUGGCGAUGGGCUUGCAUCCAGUGGCCGGGCACUUCAUAUCGGAACACUAUAUGUUCGCCAAGGGCUUCGAGACGUACUCAUAUUACGGUCCACUCAAUUGGAUUACCUUUAAUGUGGGCUAUCACAAUGAGCAUCACGAUUUUCCGGCGGUGCCCGGCUCCCGGCUGCCAGAGGUGAAGCGCAUCGCCAAAGAAUUCUACGAGACGAUGCCGCAGCACACCAGCUGGACGCGCGUGCUCUACGAUUUUGUGAUGGAUCCGGCUGUGGGUCCAUAUGCGCGCGUCAAGCGACGACAGCGUGGAUUGGCAUCCUAAGAUGCGGCGCCCACCCAAUUCGUAUGCGAAUGUUGCAAUGAUUUUACUAGCGGUUUCCUGGCAUCAUGUAAUCUCAGUGUUUAGCUUUAGAACUAAGUAGAUAUUUUUAUUUGAUUUCUUCUCUUGGUCAUUCUGUCAACUGGCAACAGGUGCAAACUAAACGCAAAUUCGCCUGCCAAAUCCUAAUUUUUAUAACUGAUUAAAAGAUUUGUGGCUAAAAAAGUGUGAAGCUUUAGUCGACAAGGUGAAUUGAUUGUUAAACUAUUAUUGUUACCUCAGCACACAACUAAAAUAAAGGCAUGUUAUCAAUUAUGAUUAUUGUAAAUCUUCUGCUACAGAUAUGAUUAUAUGAAUAUGUGUAUUACAAAGCAGAGGAAUAUAUUAUAGUGCUUUAGUAUUUUCUAACUAUGUAUGUUUAAAACUAAUGCCUAAUGCUGCAGCACACAUACACACACACACACACGAUGUACCAACUAUUUUUGAUAGCCUCUUGAAACUAAUAUCUAAAAAACAACAAACAAAAACCAAAAAACCAAAAACUAAUGUAAACUCAACUGCACGCGGCAUUAGAAACUAUAUAUACAGAUGUGUAUA